CUACACUGCACAUAAAUAUUAUCCAUACAAAAUAUAUUUCGAACAUCAGAAAUAUUCAGAACAUCAGAAUGUAUAGCUCGAGAUGUAUAAGAUGUCCAAUCAAAUUAAAUUGCGGUUUCAUAAUAACCGUAAUAUUAUUAAUCAACUAUUUGGCACUAUCUGUUCAAUCUUCACAAGAUAUUUCACCAAUGGAAGUAGAUUAUGAAGAUUCAUCUAAAAUGGACAUUGAUGAUAGUUCGGCUCUUGAUGAUAUUUGUUUAACAGAGGGAUGCUAUAAUGCAGCGCAAUUGAUUCGUAAUAAUAUAAAUGAAACAGCUGAUCCGUGUAACAACUUUUUUGACUUCGCCUGCGGUGGCUUCGUUAGCAAAGCAGUAGUAUCGGAUAGUAAGCCGGCAACAGGGUAUUUGCAUGUAGUUCAAGAAAAAGUUAUGAAGGAAGUUUCAGAACUUCUUCAGGAAAUAAUUGAUUUAACAGAACCCAGAAUCUUUGAGUUAGCUAAACAAUAUUUUAAAACCUGUUUAGAUCAAACAUCCAAUGAAAAUAUUGGAUUAUUGUCUCUAAGUGAGAUUGUUGGACAACAAGGCGGUUGGCCUCUAAUACUCGGGGACAGUUGGCAAGAAAACGAAUUCGAUUGGGCAGAAACGGAUAUUAAGCUUCGACGAAUUGGGUUUAUUUCACAAUACCUAAUGAAAUUUUAUGUAUUCAACGACCUCUAUAAUAGUUCGAGAAAUCUUUUGCAUAUUGCUCCAGCUACUCUGGAAUUUCAUCCUAUCUUUUUAAAACUUGGCUUUAAUCACCAAAGUAUACAAAUAUUCUACAACUUUAUGGUAAACGUUGCUGUUUACUUGGGUGCCCAUAGAGUACGGGCAGCGGCAGAGUUAGCUGAUGUCCUUACUUUUGAAAUGCAACUUGCCAACAAACCCACAUACCCAUUGUAUCAUGGCUUAAAUACUUAAAUGGAUUAAUCGAGCCAGCUGCCCAUCUUGAAAUAAAUGAUAUAGUCCACGUUGAAAAUCCCAACUAUCUGAAUCAGUUGGCUUUUCUUAUGACAACAACGCGUAAA